AUGGGUCGUGUGAUUCGCAACCAGAGGAAAGGCCGUGGGAGCAUCUUCCAGGCUCACACAAGACUCAACAAGGCGCCUGCGCAGUUCCGCACCUACGACUUCGCCGAACGCCAUGGCUACAUUCGCGGCGUGGUGAAGGAAAUCAUCCACGACCCCGGCCGCGGCGCCCCUCUCGCCAGAGUCUCCUUCCGCGACCCGUACCGCUUCAAGCUGCACACCGAGACCUUCAUCGCCAACGAGGGCAUGUACACGGGCCAGUUCAUCUACGCCGGCAAGUCCGCCUCGCUCACCAUCGGCAACAUCCUCCCGCUCGGCAGCGUGCCCGAGGGUACCGUAGUGACGAACGUGGAGGAGAAGAUGGGCGACCGCGGUGCGCUGGGCAGGACGAGCGGGAACUACGUCACGGUUAUUGGACACAACCCCGACGAGGGCAAGACGCGCGUGAAGCUGCCGAGUGGUGCGAAGAAGGUGGUCAAGAGCUCUGUGCGUGGCAUGAUCGGGAUUGUCGCUGGUGGUGGACGGACCGACAAGCCGCUGCUGAAGGCGUCCCGCGCUAAGCAUAAGUUCGCCGUCAAGCGCAACUCGUGGCCCAAGACUCGUGGUGUUGCCAUGAACCCCGUCGACCAUCCUCACGGUGGUGGUAACCACCAGCAUAUCGGUAAGGCCUCGACCAUCAACCGCUACGCCGCCCAGGGUCAAAAGGCGGGUCUCAUCGCCGCCCGGAGAACUGGUCUGCUGCGUGGUACCCAGAAGACGAAGGAGUAG